AUGCCGCCGCGGAAGGGGGUCUUGAGACCUCAGGUCACAAAUAUACUGCAGUUGAAGACCGACAUCACCGGCACUGCAGUAACAGCUCGUAGUGAAGCUCUGCAAGACUUGAUCUCUUUCUUUGGGAACCCUUCUCUGAGGCACGAUGCUUUAAAGGACAAGGAAUAUCACAGCAUCUGUGAAGCUUUGUUCCAUGCAGCCCUGGUUGAUAGAACGGUGUUGCUGAGUGGCAAAGGCAUUGGGAAGGCGAAUGAACGACUUGGCUACUGUGGCAAGGCCUUGCGUGAGACCGUCGCCCACGGCGUUUCGAAAUUCAAGGGUAAAACCGUGAGAGCGGUCAUCGACCAUAUUACAGACACACUUCCCACCCACGAUGGAUACUUCUUUGAGCCUCUCGCACAGGACUACAUGCAGACGCUUGUCAUUCUACUUGACAAUCCUACACACGUCGAAAAUCUAGCUUUGAAAGAUGCCAGUGGCUGGAAACAGUGCGUCGUGUUCCUCGUGGACAGGAUUUGCAGCCUUUUGGAUGCCGCGGAUUCCGCCCCAGCCUCCAGCCUUCUUGGGCGGGACUCACCUAUUCCUGGGACCGCUCGUCACUCCUCGGUCGGCCCUUCGAGCGCGCGCUCGCGGCUGGGCUCACAGCGUGGUGCAUUUCAAGUCCAGCGAAAUGACAUUUUAUCCCUUCUACAAUGUCUACAGUCUCUAGUCUCAGCCCCGAAUGCGCCUUGCAUGUCGAAGCGUCAAGAGGUGACCAAUGCAGUUUUGCGGGUCUUGCGGCUGCGCUUUGAUCUGGACAAGCUUCACAGGUUUUCCUUUUCAAUACUCAACCACAUUUUGCUACAAACGGCCGGUGAUGACCCUGCCCUCGGCCAGCAUCUGACACGGGAGCUGGUACCACUCCUUGGCUACUGGUGGCAGCGCCGGACCCUCGACAAAGAUGAACUUCAGUUCUCGGUGCGGGAUGAAAUGCUCAAGACCAUGCAUGCAAUUAGUGUCUAUUUGGACUAUCUGCUGCAGGAUGACCCAUCAGCUGUUCUCCUUCAGCAGCUUGAAGAGCUCUUGGACGAACUAUGGGGUGAAUACUCUUCACGUAACUCUCGCGCGCGCCUGCGGCUCGACGAUGUGACCUUCUCCUCUCUCAAGGUUUCACCUGGACACUUCGCUACCGAUAUGUUCGCUCUAAAGCCUUUCAAUCAAAACGCUGAACGCCGCUGGGCUCUGGUUGAGAUCAUGUCUCGCCUUGAGUUCAUCUUCUUGCGACACUCCAAAAGCAACUCGCAGCGUCUGACGACCCAGGACAGCCAGCCAAGGAAGAGGCAACGUCGCGCUGGAGGCUCCAAUAGAAUACACCAGAAAAUGUUGGCAUCAAACGUCGCAACUAAAUUGACUUCGCUGCAACUGUUGCCCUUCUUCUUGCCUCUGAGCAAUCUGGACCAGGAGGAGAUCAUAACCGUCAUGGAGGACUUGUUGCCCAUGAUCGGCGACAAGCAAGGUCCUCUGUCGUCCUGGGCAAUGAUAGCAUGUGCUAGCUGUGCUCUUCAGUCGCAGGCGAAAGAUGAAAACACCGAGGCCCGGUGGAAACAAGUAUGGCAGUUGGCCGUCAGAUCUAUCAGCAUUCCCAGCACUUGCCGAGCAGCUUGCGUACUGCUUCAUGUCAUUCUCCAGACGCGGCUGAUUUCACAUCAUGCAAUAGCGAAUGAUGUCAACAACAUAGUGACGAUGGCCGAUAUAUGCGGCCCGGCUGCUCUGCUCGACUCAUCCCUGGUGUUUAUGCAUUGUCUAGCAAACGUUCGCAAUUCUAUGGUCCCUAGUGCCAGCCAAAAAACAUACAGCUACGUGAUCAGAUGGGUAUUCACUAUGUGGCGACCUGAAAGUUGGCAUGAGAAUAGUACCGGGGAGUUCUCAGAGUCAAACGAGAUCUCCAACUCCCAGCCGUCAAGCUCUCAGACGUCCAAGACGCUUGUUUUGGAUCUCCUCCAUCCCAAGCUAGUCGACUUCGUCGAGAUUUUAGAGCCUUCUUCCCAAGCAGGCACUCGGCGUGGGAACGAUGCGAUAUUUCAGAUGUCUACUGAUCGGUUGCGGAGCCUGCUAGUAUGCCUAAUUUCAAGCAACAUCCUACUUUCCCAUCUCGAAGUUGUGGACCAUCGGACGGUCAACGAUAUCAAUACGACCCUUUCAAGCCUGUGGGAUAGAUACUUCCAGAUGCUUGUCGCAUCAUCCGAAGGCGGCGAAUCUUUUGAGUUGCUACUGGCGAUGCUUGCUCCUUACAUCCCUCCUUUGGACUCGUCGCGAGUGCAUCAAUUCUGCAGCAAAGAGCCACACCUUUUGCGACUUUUUUCCAGGCUGUCAGGGAUGAUCGAUGAGCAGCGCAGUCGACAGAAGCCCAACCAGGAUCUUGAUGCUAUGGACGUGGAUGACGAGUUCGAGUCGCAAGACAAUAGGAAGAAGCCUGGCGACAAAGGCUUCGUCGCUCCUAGGCAAAAGGUCGCAUCAAGCAUGAGCGCUAAUGCCUUCUACGAAACGACGAAAAUAAGGCUCCAACUCUUUUCCGAGUACUACAGCGACCCCGGGAAAGUUGGGCUUAUUCCUGAGAGUUUCAUGGACACAUUCCUGUCGCUCGAAGACGAUCAGUAUCUUCUCUGCAGAGAGUUCCUUGUCGAACUUCUCCAAUCUGAUUUCGGCAAUGUUUCCAACUAUGCCAGGGAUAUCGUUGAGCAGACUGCGGCGAUCGUGUUCAAGGACAGCUUCAAGACAUGCGAGGUCGCCUUGUGUAUGCUGAUGGACGUGCUUCUAUCCUUUGCACCCGUCUGGUCCAUGGGCGAAGGCGACCCUGACGUUGUCAACCCAUUUGUGGAUCUGUACAAUAUCCUGGUGAAGUCAGUCUGGCCGCAUAAUUUGAUGUCCCCAGAUGUCCAGGUGUCGUACUCAGGUUUACUACUGCAUUUAUGGGAGAUAAAUGCCCAAUUCCACAAAGACAAGAAAUCUUUGGUGUCGCCCCCUCACAAGACCCUGCUCUCAACACCCGAAAGCCUCAGAAACACCCGCUCAGAAGUUCGUGACCCUCGACCAGGCCCUUUUUGGGAGGGGAGUAUGCGCGCGAAAUUCUACAUCGCCCCAAGGCUGACCAGGAUCUUCGAGUUCUUUGUGGUGAGCACUCACGAGGACAUUUUUGUCGACAUUUUAGACGCGUUGCCGACCGAUCCGGAGGUGAUGGAGGGAAUAGGUUUGCGGGUCUUUGUCUUGGCUGGCCUUGGUUGCAAGUGCCCAACGCUGCUACGACGAUGUGUCUACCAUAUUGUUGAGACGUCUGGGAAAGUUACCGGCUCUGCAAAGUACGCCAAUCGCGGAAUGAAGAUGGUUUCACUGGCAAGAUCUUUGAAGUCGCCUCAGGAACUCUUUCAACUGUUCGCUCCUCAGCUUCUCUACACCUGGCUUGAGAAGGACUCAUUUGAAGAUAUUCCCUUCAGCAUAUUUGACUUUGGUAGUCUCGAUGACCUAUUGCAGCGAGCUAAGACAGAAGCUACAGCUCACAUGAUCAUGCGUGGCCAAGACGAAGCAGUGAAGGGCUUGGCCAGUAGAUUGAAGGUAACGCCUGUGGAGUUGGUUGAGGAAGGCUUUUCCAAGAUCAUGGCGUAUUCAAUUAUGCAUGAUCUCAGUUCUUCUAAAGAUUCUUCGAGUUCCUCGGAAUCUCGAGUCCGAAAGCUGCUUGGCAAGGAGCCAUACCUCGAUCGGAUUUAUCGUACUUUUGCAGAUAUCAUCGGUCAUUUCUGCGAUGUCAUCGACCAAGAGGGUCCGAUUGAAGACUCCUGGCGCAAGGAUGAAAUUUUUUCGUACGCUGCGGACUUCAUGGACGAGAUCAAGCGUUGCGGACAAUCCUCAACAGCUCUCGGGCCUAAUCAGCAGCCCAUGUUCAAGGGCAAAUAUCUUGUCCGGGCAACAUCCCAUCUGGUCAGAAGAACUAAUUACGAUGUUUUGUCUCUGUGGACGCCUCCUCUUGUUACGUCCGUGGCGCGGAGGCUGCUGAACACUAUUCAUCCAGCUCUUGGGCCUUUGCAUGCGUUGUCAGUCGUCCGCAAGGUCCGAAUUCUGGUGUGUCUGGCCGGUCUGCAGACGACGUCUUCAUACCCACUCGAAAUGCUCUUACGGUCAAUCAGGCCGUUUCUCUCGAACUCACACUGCGCAGAUGAGGGUCUUGCCAUGAGCAACUGGCUCAUAGCCAAAGGCUCAGUUCACUUGGCACAGGCACCUUCAUUCCUAGCCGGGUACGCCUUGUCUACAUUGGCUAGUCUGAGGAUGUUUCUGGAAUCCAGUCAAGCUAGUUCUACACAAGAGAGUCAGUUCAAGUCGACGAUGAGCAAGGCUCAGAAUUUUCACGUCUGGUUUGUCAAGCUACUGAAGGAAUACCAAUCGUCUGCUUUCAAGUCGGAGACACAGGCUCGGGCUUUCAGGGCCAUCAUUGAGUCAGCAUCCAACAUCCGGUCCUCGGGAAACUCUCAGAAACACACACAGGAGAGCAGACUUUUACUUGAAAUACUCAAGGAUGCCGAACAGCAGGACCAAUUGCUCAACGAGUCUGCCCGGGAAUUGGCUCUGCGAAUGCUUUGUGGUGAAUUCAAGAUCCCGAAAGCCAAUAGAGACGAUAUCAUCGACAAGGAUGAGGACGCUUGUGCACAUGGACCCAUGAUCUGGAAGAGUUGCCAGACAGUCAACUCCAGCAAGGAAUAUCUCACUUGGGCUGGACGAGUAGUGGGAACGUCUUUUGCGGCAUCUGGUAGCAUCCCUCUCGAUGUCUUGAGGGAGUCAGAGUUGUCAACCUACCAAAGGACGAUGGGUACGAACGGCGAUUCUGUGCACGGGUUGCUGAGGCUGUUAGCAAAUCUGACGAUGACCGACAAUUCAGCCCAGGCUGGUCUCGCGGAGUCCGCUUUAAGACGAAUUGUGUCUCAUGCAUCUUCUACAGAGGAUAACGAUCUAAUCGCUGACUCCAGUCGAAGCCUGCCAGAAACCCUCCUUGCGUCCUCAGAUUGGUUGCAAUACCAGACACCGCCUGCAGACAAUGGUGAGAUCAAAUAUGCCAACGUCGAUGCAUUCCAGCCUGAGAAGAUAGAAUCAUCCUCCUGGGCUCGGGACACAGCCAUUUAUCUCGCAUGCUCUAUGAAAGGCAGCGCAGUGUUGACGACCUUGCCCUCCAUUCUAGCCGAGAUCGAUGGCUUUGCUGAGCAGUCGCUGCCUUUCAUUGUACACUUGGUGUUACUUGAGGAGCUCAACAGCCAGAGGCCGCUAAAACGGGGGCUAUCCACUGCCCUCAAAGCAUGGUUAAAGUCGACCUCGCCAGUUGCCAAUGACAACAUUAAGCUUCUCAUCAACGUCAUACUCCACUUGAGGACGAGGACAUUCCCGAAUGAGAUUUCUGUCGCCGAUAGGUCACAUUGGCUUGACAUGGACCUGGCUACUGUGGCAGAGGCGGCCACAAGAUGUGGCAUGUUCAAGGUUGCCUUGCUAUUUGCAGAACUAGCCUCCUCAGAGCCAACGAGAAGCUCGCGACGGUCUUCAGCUUCUCGAGAGUUAGAGGACUCUUCUGAGACUUUGCUUAAGGUCUUUGAAAACAUUGACGAUCCAGACGCAUACUAUGGAUUGAAUCGCACCGCGUCUCUGUCCAACGUUCUGGCACGAAUCGAGUACGAAAAGGAGGGCGGGAAGAGCCUAGCAUUCCGAGGAUCUCAGUAUGACAGCCAUUUGCGCAUGAGAGAUCCCGAAGCAGAUCAGAUCUGGAACCUUCCUGCGCCCCCGAGCCUUGAGAAUCAUGCCGCCACAUCGUAUAGGGCAUACCAGUCUAUAUACAAGGCUGUGGAAAUGGAACCUGCAAGGCUUGCUGUCCAGGACGGGUUAGCGACAACAAUGAAGAGUCUUGCCACUAAGAACUUGAGGGUAUCUGACUUGCGCCAACACUUGGGUACCCUUGCCGCCCUCACCGAAUUAGACGAUGUCCUAGGAGUGUCCGACUUUGCUGAGCUUGAGAAAGUUUUGUCUGACUUCGAGGCGCGGUCAACGUGGAUGAUGAGUGGAAGAUACGACGACGUCAGCCAAAUUCUAUCUCAUCGCGAGACGACAUUCAGUGUUCUCGGCCAAAAAGACGUGCUUCGGAGCACGUCAAAUCUGACUUCACCAGAAGCUCGACUAAUCGAGAUUCGAAGCAUGCUCUUGUCAUCAAGUAUUUAUCGAUUCCACCGCUCAAGGCAAGAAUCCCUGAAUAUAUCGACUAGGUUGACAGACCUUGUUAGCUCGAGUGAAUCCAUCGGUCUGAAUAUCGAUGCAGCUGUCUCGCUGGAGACUGCCAAUUCGUUCUGGGACUAUGGAGAGAUGAUUCCGUCCAUCAGACUCCUGCAAGGGCUUCAGGGGAACCCUUCGUCUCUGAGAAAACAAAGCAUCUCCGUCACGCACGCUGACUUGCUGUCCAAAAUUGGAUAUCAGGUCUCAGUCGCAAAGCUUGAGACAGCCGACAGCAUCCAGAAGAAAUACCUCGAGCCUGCUCUCAAGGAGCUGAAAGGCAAAAGCUCGGGCAAGGAGGCUGGGCAAGUUUUCCACCAAUUUGCGGUGUUUUGUGAUGAGCAGCUGCAAGACCCUGACAUGCUUGAGGACUUGUCCAGGCUUCAGCGUUUGGUCCAAACCAAAGCGGACGAAGUGGAGCACUACAAGAAGGAAUUCAGAUCGGCCAAAAGUUCACAACUCAAGGACCAGUAUGACAGGUAUCAGAGGACAGCCGAGAAAUACCUGCUUCUCGACCAAACCGAGCUCCAGCGCACUGAAAGGACCCGAAACGAGUUUGUGAAACUCAGCCUUGAAAAUUACCUCCAGUCUCUGUCUGCUUCGGAUGACCACGACAGCGAUGCCCUCAGGUUUACCGCGCUCUGGCUGGAGCGCUCAGAGACCGACGUUGCAAACAUGGCCGUUCAUCAGCUCCUCAGGAACGUACCGACCCGUAAAUUCGCAUCACUCAUGAACCAGCUAAGCUCACGUUUGCAGCUGGAUAAGAGCCAUUUCCAGACCCUGCUGAGGGACUUGGUCUGUCGGAUCUGCUUCGAUCAUCCGUACCACGGCAUGUAUCAGAUCUGGUCGGGAAUUAGGACGAAUCCGAACCCAGAGGAUGAAGUUGCCGUGCUGCGCAAGGAUGCCGCGAACAGGCUAGUGGAAGAGUUUGAACGCCAGAAAGGUGGCGUCGCAAUCACGUGGGAUGCGAUCAAGAAAGCGUGCGGAUGCUAUCAUUACUUGGCUAAGGAGAAGAGCGAUCGAUACAGAAGCGGGGCUAAAAUCAAGGUCCAAGACUCCCCAUACGCAUCCACCCUCUCGAGGUGCCUUGCAAAAUAUCCCAUCCCGCCGCCAACACUGGAAGUCGAGCUACGCGCCGAUAGUAAUUACUCCACGGUUCCGGUGAUAGAGAGACUGGAGCCUACCAUAUCAAUUGCAUCCGGUGUCAGUGCUCCAAAAAUCAUCACUGUGGUCGCCAGCAACGGAGAGAGGUAUAAGCAGCUCGUCAAGGGCGGUAAUGACGACCUUCGACAAGACGCAAUCAUGGAGCAAGUCUUUGCUGCUGUGUCCUCCUUGCUGAAGCAGCAUCGGACAACCAGGCAACGGAACCUCGGUAUUAGGACCUACAAAGUACUACCACUCACAAACAGGUCUGGCCUUAUCGAAUUCGUUGCCAACACUGUACCGUUGCACGACUGGCUCAUGCCAGCGCAUGAACGAUAUCAUCCGAAAGAUAUGAAGGGCAAUCUUUGUAGGAAAGAGAUUUCUAACGUCGCCGGCCGCACUAACGACAUGAGGGUCUCUACGUACCGUAAGGUCACGGAGAAGUUCCAUCCCGUGAUGCGAUACUUCUUCAUAGAGUCAUUCCCCGACCCGGACGACUGGUACGUCAAGCGCCUUGCGUACACGCGCACGACAGCCGCCAUAUCUAUCCUCGGGCACGUCCUUGGGCUCGGUGAUAGGCACGGCCACAAUAUCCUCCUGGAUCAAAAGACAGGUGAAGUGGUGCACAUCGACCUCGGCGUGGCAUUCGAGUCAGGCCGCAUCCUGCCGGUGCCUGAGGUCGUACCCUUCCGCAUGACACGCGACAUAGUCGACGGCAUGGGUGUGACCAAGACAGACGGAGUGUUUCGGAGGUGCUGUGAAUUCACGCUCGACGCGCUGAGGGAGGACACAUACUCGAUCAUGACAAUCCUGGACGUCCUGCGGUACGACCCGCUCUACUCGUGGAGCUCGACGCCUAUGAGGUUGGCGAAACUGCAGGGGGCGGCUAGGAGAGCGGAGGAGGGUGAUGAAGGGAACGGCGAGGGUGAAGGCGGUGGCGCGGGGAUGGACAAGAAGAAGAAGAGCGUGGUGAACGAACCAUCUGAGGCGGACCGGGCGUUGGAGGUGGUCAGGAAGAAGCUGUCCAAGACACUGAGCGUCACGGCGACGGUGAACGAUCUCAUCAACCAGGCGACCGAUGAGAGGAACCUGGCAGUGUUGUAUUCUGGCUGGAUCCGCCGGGGCCUGGGCAUGCAGUCAAGGUCAUUGGGAACCGAGGGACCCUCCGACAGCUCGACCCCCGACAACCACCGCCACACAUCGCCCCCAUCCCGACGCCGCCCUCGAGUCGACUCUAUUCCCUCCUCCCAGUCGCGAACCGCUCCCGACCCCAAGCGCAUCCGUUCCGGAGAGACCGCGCCCCCAACAGCCUUCAGACCAACCUCUGCCGCCUCCAUCAACACCAUGGCCACGGCCACGAUGAGCGCAAAGGCCAUGGGCAAGAAGCCUGAGGGCGCGGCCGGCUUCCAGCCGCUGUCCGGUGCCAGGCGGAUCGUCAUCAAGAAUCUGAGGACCAGCUCCAAGACGGCCGCCGAUGUCGAGGACUACUACAAGAAGACGUGGGAUAACGUCGAGACUGCGCUGCGGUCGAUCCUCAACGGCCAGGUCCCCCGCGUACCCCUGGAAAGGGUGUACCGCGGUGUGGAGGACCUGUGCCUGCGGGGCCAAGGGGACAAGCUGUUCAGCGUGCUCAAGCAAGAGUGCGAGAAGCACCUGUACCGCGAUGUGCUAGCCAAGAUAAAGGAAGGCGGCAUGGCGUCCAACAUCGAUGUGCUGCUGCGGGUGAGAACGCAAUGGGCGGCCUUCAACAAGACCCUCAUCACCAUCCGUUCGACGUUCAGCUUUCUCGACCGCUCGUUCCUGCUGAACAACAAGAAGUACCAAUCCAUCAAUGACCUGCUUCUGUCGCUCUUCCGCAAGAUGGUCUUCAACUCGGCAGCGGGGAGUGAAGAGUCAGACAGUGGGAAGAAGGUGGUUCUGGGGAUGUGCCAAUUGGUGGAACACGACCGCCGAGGCAAUGUGGCGUCCGACCAGACGCUCCUGCAUGAUUCCAUCAAUAUGCUGAAGGUGCUUGGUGUCUACGGCAGCAAAUUCGAGAGGGAGUUCCUGCGGCAGUCCGAAGAAUACUUUACGGACUUUGCCGCCGAGCACAGCAAUGACGGCUUGAGGGCGUAUAUCUCAGCAUGCGAGAGGCUUCUCAAGCGGGAAGACUACAGGUGCAACACAUACAACUUUGACAGCACGACCAAAGUGCUGUUGCUUGAGAAAGCUCACGAGAUCCUCAUACAAAACUACAGCGCGGUGCUGCUAGACCAAGGCGAUGUUUCGAGGUUACUGGAUGACAACGACAUAAGCUCAGUCAAGGCGCUGUACUCGCUGCUGUGUCUAUCGAACAUCCCGAGGAAACUCAAGGGGCCGUGGGAGGAGUACAUCCAACAGGCGGGUGCGAGGAUAGUAAAUGAUACAGAGAAGGGCGACGAGAUGGUCAUCCGCUUGCUAGAGUUCAGGCGCUCUAUGGACACGAUGAUUCGCGAUGCAUUCGGUGGCGAUGAAGUCUUCACAUACAGUCUUCGAGAAGCCUUCACAGUCUUCAUCAACGACAAGAAGAUAUCAUCGUCGUGGGGUACUGGCACCUCCAAAGUCGGGGAGAUGAUCGCCAAGCACAUUGACAUGCUGCUGCGAGGCGGAAUCAAGGCUCUGCCAAAAUCUCUUAUCUCAGACAGCAAAGACCGGAGUCAGGCUGAGAGGAGCGGCCAGGCCAGCACAGGCGACGAGGAUGCCGAACUGGAUCGGCAGUUGGACGCAGCGCUCGAGCUGUUCCGUUUUAUCGAAGGCAAGGACGUUUUCGAAGCUUUCUACAAGAAAGAUCUGGCCCGCCGGCUACUUAUGGGGCGGAGUGCCAGUCAGGAUGCCGAGCGCAGCAUGCUCACCAAGCUUAAGAGCGAGUGUGGCUCGAGCUUCACCCACAACCUAGAGCAGAUGUUCAAGGACAUGGCGCUAGCGAAGGAGGAAAUGGAUACUUACAAAGGCUGGCUAGACGCCACCGGCAGAGAACGAAGCGGUGUCGACCUGACGGUCAGCGUGCUGUCCCAAGCAGCGUGGCCUUCAUACCCCGACGUCAAGAUGUUGAUACCGGAGGAAGUCGCCGAGAAAAUUGACCAGUACGACGCAUUCUACAAGAACAAGCACACAGGCCGCAAGCUCUUCUGGAAACACAACCUGGCGCACUGCAUGGUCAAGGGUUACUUCCCCAAGGGCACCAAGGACCUAGCAGUGAGCGCGAUGCAGGCCAGCGUGCUCGUGCUCUUCAACCAAGCGCCAGAAGGGGUGCUGGGGUACGAGCAGAUCGCGACGGCGACAAAUCUGUCGGGCGGGGAGCUGGAGCGCACGCUGCAGUCACUGGCGUGCGGCAAGGUGCGGGUGCUAACGAAGCACCCCAAGGGCAGGGACAUCGCCAAGACGGACACGUUCUCGUUCAACCGCACCUUUACGCAUCCGAUGGUGCGUGUCAAGAUCAACCAGAUCCAGCUCAAGGAGACCGCCGAGGAGAACCAGGAGACGCACCGCCGCGUUGCCGCCGACCGCCAGUUCGAGACGCAGGCAGCCAUCGUGCGCGUCAUGAAGAGCCGCAAGACCAUGGCGCACGCCCAGCUUGUUGCCGAGGUCAUCAACCAGACCAAGAGCAGGGGCGCCAUGGACCCUGCGGACAUCAAGCAGAACAUUGAGAAACUCAUUGAGAAGGACUACCUGGAGCGUGAGGGUAAUGCGUACACGUACUUGGCUUGA